AUGACUGAGAAAACCAUCGUCAUAGAUGUGGGCUCCGGCUUUCUGAAGGCUGGCUGGAGCGGCUACAACGAGCCCCAGAUUAUCCGUCCAAGCAUCGUGAGCUAUAAUUCUGAGCAUAUGCCUGGCCCCAGCAAUGCCCUGUCACAGCUACGCCUUGGCAUUAACGAUGAGAGCCCCGACAUCUUCAGUCACCCCGUGCAGCAGGGCAGCAUCCACAACUGGGAGGCCAUGGAGUUCUUCUGGACGUACAUCCUGGAGAAGCUCAAUUGGAAUAGGGAGGAUACCCGCGUCCUGCUUGCAGAGUCUGUCCUGAAGAGUUUGCUAGAGCGGAGGAAGACCCUGGAGAUCAUGUUUGAGCGGCUGGGGGUCCGGUCCAUCAUGCUGGCCAACGAGCUGCAGAUGUCCCUGUUCUCCCAGGGCCUCCUGAGUGGCGUGGUGAUGGACUGUGGCUUUGGCCUCACCCGGGUGCAGAGCUUUGUCCGGGGCGUCCCUCUGGUUCAGAGCAGGCAAGUGAUGCUAUGGGGAGACUGGGACGUGUCCUCCUACCUCCUCAGGGAAGUCUUCACGGAGGGCAGCAGCCAGAGCAACGCAGACAAGCUGGAGAAGGUCUCCUCCAUGCAGAGGCAGGUGUGCUACGUGCCGAAGGAUUUUCAUCAGAUGCUGAUCAUCAGCCAGGACCCCCACGGGGACAGCCGCUUCCAGCUGCCCGACGGCACCUACGUGACGCUGAGCCCCUUGCACAGGAUGGCCCCAGAGAUGUUCUUCAGCCCGCAUAUCUUCAACAUGCCAGGCCCCAGCCUGUCCCAGGCUGUCAUGGAUUCCGUCCAGUCCUGCCAGGAAGACUUGCAGCCGCAGCUGGUCUCCAACAUGCAGGUCUGCGGGGGCGCCUCUCUCUACCAGGGCUUCACCCAGCGCCUGAAUAAGUUGCUGGUCCUUGACCAUUUCUCCAAAAUCCACCGAGCUGUUGCCCUGCGGGCCCAUUCUCUCAGGAACUUUAGUGUCUGGCUAGGCGGGUCUGUGGUGGCUCAUCUGUCCACUUAUGGGUCUAUGUGGAUCAGAAAAUCAGAGUAUGACGAAGGACUACGACCUAUUGCAGUGGAGAGCUCCGGGCCUGACCACCAAUCCGAGCAGGGGGCAAAUGAACUGUGGGGACGGGUCUGA